CAUACGUCAUCAUCCUGCGUCUGUCUCCAGUCACCGCAGCAUGUGAAGAAACCAUGGGUAUCCAGUUUGAUAUUUAACUCCUGGUUACUUUAAAUUCACAUAACAGCGAGUAUUUGUGAGUGAAAGUGUGGACUUUACGCGUUUAAGGACUUUUUAACCAGCUAUCAUAGAGAGGUAGCCUGAAGUCAGGUUAGUUUGAGUCUUUACUUUCCAGGUGUUUUGCUAGCUUUUAGCUCGCUAACAGCAUGGAUAACAACACGCAGGGAGAUACUAUUGAUCUCUACGGAGAUGAGGAAAUUAUUGAAGUCAUCGACCUCAACGACAUGGAUCCUGAACCAGAUGAUUUGGCUGAUGACUUGGAGGACAUUGACUUUGAAGACGCCGGAAACGAAGGUGAUGACGAAGGCUGGGAGACGGAGGACGAGAUGGAGGCGGAGCAGGACGACAGCGAGCUCACCUUCUCCAAACACAAAGGCUCAGUGUUCUGUGUGAGUUUGGAUCCUGCGACCAACAGCAUGGCCGUCACAGGAGGAGAGGACGACAAGGCGUACGUCUGGAGGGUGAGCGACGGAGAAGUUCUGCUGGAGUGCACGGGUCACAAGGACUCGGUGACGUGCGCCGUGUUCAGCCACGACUCCUCCAUGGUGGCUUCGGGGGACAUGGGCGGUUUGAUUAAAGUGUGGAACAUAGAAACCAAAGAGGAGAUCUGGUCCUUCGAAGUGGCAGAUCUGGAGUGGUUGGAGUGGCAUCCCUGUGCCGCGGUGCUGCUGGCGGGAACAGACGACGGCAACAUGUGGAUGUGGAAGAUCCCGUCAGGAGAGUGUAAAACCUUCCAGAGCGCUGCCAGCCAGGCCACCUGCGGGAAAGUGCUGCCCGACGGUAAACGGGCGGUGGUGGGUUAUGAGGACGGCACGGUACGUGUGUGGGAUCUGAAGCAGGGAAAUGCAGCUCACGUCAUUAAAGGUCACGACGGCCACCGGGGGGCGCUCACCUGCCUGUCCUGCAACAAGGACGGCUCUCUGGUGCUGACGGGCUCAGUGGACGGAUUCGCCAAGCUCAUCAACACCGCCACAGGAAAGGUGGUCGGACAGUACUCGCUGGACGUAGGCAAGGUCAAACCAUCACAACAUGACGAGGAACCAAACUCCAUCGAAUCUGUGGGAUUCUGCAACGUCCUGCCUCUGGUCGCCGUGGCGUAUCUGGACGGGACUCUGGGCGUGUACGAUCUCUCCUCUCAGGUCAUGAGGCACCGCUGCCAACAUGAGGCCGGCAUCGUUCACCUGCAGUGGGAGGACUCUUCUUCUGUGGUGUCCACCUGCUGCUUAGACGGUGCGCUGCGCCUGUGGGACGCUCGAACCGGCAGCAUCAUGGCGGAGUAUCACGGCCACAGCGCAGAGAUCCUCAACUUCGCCAUCAACAGGGAAGGGACUUUCGCCGUCACUGCUUCUGGAGACAACCAGUCGAAAGUGUUCUGCCUCCAAAGACCCGAUCGCUAAAGGGAGGAAGAAAAGAAGAAGAGAGGAAAUAUUUCAGGAGAAACAGCAGACAUUUCAUAAUCAGACUUUUUCUUCCCUUCCCCUCAGGAUUUUGAAGUGUUCUCAGCAAUGAUCUCACCUGCUUCAGUAGGAUUGCAACAACCAAAAUAUGUUUUCUUCAGUUCCCAUCAGUUGUGCUUGAUUGGAAAAUGUUUAAAAUAAGCCUCACUGAGAGAGAAAAACGCUUCAAAUCGGAUUGGUCAUUGUCUCUUUCUUAAGUAUCCUCUUGUUCCACAGUUUGAGAGACUAAACAGAGAUUGAAGAGUGAUACAUUACAGUGUGCUUUCCCUUUGACACCGCUUUUAUUGUAUGACUUUACAGAUAAAACAUGAGACAGAAAAGAGGAAUUUCCAAUAUAAUUUCUUCCUUAAUUGGAGUUUGUUUAAUGUGUGUGGUCUUCCAGCUCUCACCAUAACUCACCAAGUUUGGAUGCAAGUGUAAAUACAAAACUAAUAAAUCAUAUCCUUUCUUCUGGGUAUGUUAAUUCUCUACUAUGAA